AUGAGUGGGGGUUCCGACGCGGAGAUGGCGGUUUUUGGGGAGGCUGCUCCUUACCUCCGAAAGUCGGAGAAGGAGCGGAUCGAGGCCCAGAACAAGCCUUUCGAUGCUAAGACAUCCGUCUUCGUCGCGGAACCCAAGGAGUCCUAUGUGAAGAGUACUGUGCAAAGCAAGGAAGGAGGCAGAGUCAUGGUCAAGACUGAAGGUGGAGCCGUAAAUCUGCUAGAAAAGUCUAGAGUUACUUUCCAGCUAAAGGCAGAAAGAAGCUACCAUAUUUUUUAUCAGAUCACGUCCAAUAAGAAGCCAGAUUUAAUUGAAAUGCUCCUGAUCACCACCAACCCGUAUGACUAUGCCUUCAUAAGUCAGGGAGAGAUCACAGUGCCCAGCAUUGAUGACCAGGAGGAGCUGAUGGCCACCGAUAGUGCCAUUGACAUCUUGGGAUUUAGUCCUGAAGAGAAAGUGUCCAUCUAUAAGCUCACGGGGGCCGUGAUGCACUACGGGAACAUGAAGUUCAAACAAAAGCAACGCGAGGAGCAAGCUGAGCCAGAUGGCACCGAAGUUGCUGACAAGGCAGCCUAUCUCCAGAGUCUGAACUCUGCUGACCUGCUCAAAGCCCUCUGCUACCCCAGGGUGAAGGUCGGCAACGAGUACGUCACCAAGGGUCAGACUGUGCAGCAGGUGUACAACGCAGUGGGUGCUCUGGGCAAAGCCGUCUACGAGAAGAUGUUCCUGUGGAUGGUCACCCGCAUCAACCAGCAGCUGGACACCAAGCAGCCCAGGCAGUACUUCAUCGGGGUGCUGGACAUCGCUGGCUUCGAGAUCUUUGAUUUCAACAGCCUGGAGCAGCUGUGCAUCAACUUCACCAACGAGAAGCUGCAGCAGUUCUUCAACCACCACAUGUUCGUGCUGGAGCAGGAGGAGUACAAGAAGGAGGGCAUCGAGUGGACCUUCAUCGACUUCGGGAUGGACCUGGCUGCCUGCAUCGAGCUCAUCGAGAAGCCGCUGGGCAUCUUCUCCAUCCUGGAGGAGGAGUGCAUGUUCCCCAAGGCCACGGACACCUCCUUCAAGAACAAGCUGUACGACCAGCACCUGGGCAAGUCCAACAACUUCCAGAAGCCCAAGGUGGUGAAGGGCAGGGCCGAGGCCCACUUUGCGCUGAUCCACUAUGCCGGCACAGUGGACUACAACAUCACCGGCUGGCUGGACAAGAACAAGGACCCCCUGAAUGACACGGUGGUCGGGUUGUACCGGAAAUCUGCAAUGAAGACUCUGGCCAGUCUCUUCUCCACGUAUGCCAGUGCUGAAGCAGACAGUGGUGCAAAGAAAGGCGCUAAGAAGAAGGGCUCUUCAUUCCAGACGGUGUCUGCUCUCUUCAGGGAGAACUUGAACAAGCUGAUGACCAACUUGAGAAGCACUCACCCCCACUUCGUGCGGUGCAUCAUCCCCAAUGAGACCAAGACUCCCGGGGCCAUGGAGCAUGCACUUGUCCUGCAUCAGCUGAGGUGUAAUGGCGUGCUUGAAGGCAUCAGGAUCUGCAGGAAAGGCUUCCCAAGCAGGAUCCUGUAUGGUGAUUUUAAACAAAGAUACAAGGUAUUAAACGCCAGCGCUAUUCCGGAGGGACAGUUCAUUGACAGCAAGAAAGCAUCGGAGAAGCUACUUGCCUCUAUUGAUAUAGAUCACACCCAAUACAAAUUUGGACACACUAAGGUGUUCUUCAAAGCUGGCCUCCUGGGCCUCCUGGAAGAAAUGAGAGAUGAAAAAUUGGCCCAGAUUAUAACAAGAACUCAAGCAGUCUGUCGGGGAUUCCUAAUGAGGGUCGAAUACCAGAAGAUGUUACAAAGAAGGGAAGCCCUGUUCUGCAUCCAGUACAACGUCCGCGCCUUCAUGAACGUCAAGCACUGGCCCUGGAUGAAGCUGUUCUUCAAGAUCAAGCCCCUGCUGAAGAGCGCAGAGACCGAGAAGGAGAUGGCCAUGAUGAAGGAGGAGUUUGCCAAAACCAAAGAAGAGCUCGCCAAGUCAGAGGCCAAACGGAAGGAGCUGGAGGAAAAGAUGGUCACUCUCUUAAAAGAGAAAAACGACCUGCAACUCCAGGUUCAGUCUGAAGCCGAUGCCUUGGCUGACGCAGAAGAAAGAUGUGAGCAACUGAUUAAAAAUAAGAUCCAGCUGGAGGCCAAGAUCAAAGAGGUGACAGAGAGGGCUGAGGACGAGGAGGAGAUCAACGCCGAGCUGACGGCCAAGAAGAGGAAGCUGGAGGAUGAAUGCUCCGAGCUCAAGAAAGACAUAGACGACCUGGAGCUGACACUGGCCAAGGUGGAGAAGGAGAAACAUGCCACGGAGAACAAGGAAAACGACAAACAGCAACUGGAUGAAAAGCUUAAAAAGAAAGAAUUUGAAAUCAGCAAUCUGAUCAGCAAAAUUGAAGAUGAACAAGUGGUAGAAGUUCAACUACAAAAGAAGAUCAAAGAAUUGCAGGCCCGCAUGGAAGAGCUGGAGGAGGAAAUCGAGGCAGAGCGGGCCUCCAGGGCCAAAGCCGAGAAGCAGCGCUCUGACCUGGCCAGGGAGCUGGAGGAGAUCAGCGAGCGGCUGGAAGAAGCCGGAGGGGCAACGUCCGCCCAGAUUGAGAUGAACAAGAAGCGGGAGGCGGAGUUCCAGAAAAUGCGCAGGGACCUGGAAGAGGCCACCCUGCAGCACGAGGCCACCGCGGCCACCCUGAGGAAGAAGCACGCGGACAGCGUGGCCGAGCUCGGGGAGCAGAUCGACAACCUGCAGCGGGUCAAGCAGAAGCUGGAGAAGGAGAAGAGCGAGCUGAAGAUGGAGCUGGACGACCUGAGCAGCAACUCAGAGGCCAUCUCCAAAGCCAAGGGAAACCUGGAAAAGAUGUGCCGGACACUGGAAGAUCAAGUGAGUGAACUCAAGGGGAAAGAGGAAGAGCAGCAGCGGUGCAUCAAUGACCUGUCCACACAGAGGGCACGCUUGCAGGCAGAAGCAGGCGAAUAUUCCCGACAAUUAGAUGAGAAAGAUGCGCUAGUAUCUCAGCUUUCAAGGAGCAAACAAGCAUCCUCUCAGCAGAUUGAGGAGCUGAAACGUCAGCUAGAGGAAGAAACAAAGGCCAAGAACGCCCUGGCCCACGCCCUGCAGUCCUCGCGCCAUGACGGUGACCUGCUGCGGGAACAGUAUGAGGAGGAGCAGGAGUCCAAGGCCGAGCUGCAGCGGGCCCUGUCCAAGGCCAACAGUGAGGUGGCCCAGUGGAGGACCAAAUACGAGACGGACGCCAUCCAGCGCACAGAGGAGCUGGAGGAGGCCAAGAAGAAGCUGGCCCAGCGUCUCCAGGAUGCCGAAGAGCACGUGGAGGCGGUGAACGCCAAAUGCGCUUCCCUCGAGAAGACGAAGCAGCGGCUCCAGAACGAGGUGGAGGACCUCAUGCUGGACGUGGAGAGAACCAACGCGGCCUGCGCGGCGCUGGACAAGAAGCAAAGGAACUUUGACAAGAUCCUGGCAGAAUGGAGACAGAAGUACGAGGAGACGCAGGCGGAACUGGAAGCCUCUCAGAAGGAGGCCCGCUCCCUCAGCACCGAGCUGUUCAAGGUGAAGAACGCCUACGAGGAGUCCCUGGACCACCUGGAGACCCUGAAGCGGGAGAACAAGAACCUGCAGCAUGAGAUUUCAGACCUCACUGAGCAGAUUGCUGAGGGAGGGAAGCAGAUUCAUGAAUUGGAGAAAAUAAAGAAGCAAGUGGAACAAGAAAAAUGUGACAUUCAGGCUGCCUUAGAAGAAGCAGAGGCUUCUCUUGAACACGAAGAAGGGAAGAUCCUGCGCAUCCAGCUGGAGCUGAACCAAGUCAAGUCGGAGAUCGAUAGGAAAAUUGCAGAAAAGGAUGAGGAAAUCGACCAGCUCAAGAGGAACCACGUCCGCGUGGUGGAGUCCAUGCAGAGCACGCUGGACGCCGAGAUCAGGAGCAGGAACGACGCCCUCAGGGUCAAGAAGAAGAUGGAGGGAGAUCUCAACGAGAUGGAGAUCCAGCUGAACCACGCCAACCGAUUGGCUGCAGAGAGCCUGAGAAACUACCGGAACACGCAGGGCAUCCUCAAGGAGACCCAGCUGCACCUGGACGAUGCCCUGCGGGGCCAGGAGGACCUGAAGGAGCAGCUGGCCAUUGUGGAGCGCAGAGGCAGCCUGCUGCAGGCCGAGGUGGAGGAGCUGCGGGCCUCCCUGGAGCAGACAGAGCGGAGCAGGAAGAUCGCCGAGCAGGAGCUGCUGGAUGCCAGUGAGCGCGUCCAGCUCCUGCACACCCAGAACACCAGCCUGAUCAACACCAAGAAAAAACUGGAAAAUGAUGUUUCACAACUUCAGAGUGAAGUGGAAGAAGUCGUUCAAGAAUCACGCAACGCAGAAGAGAAGGCCAAGAAGGCCAUCACUGAUGCGGCCAUGAUGGCCGAGGAGCUGAAGAAGGAGCAGGACACGAGUGCCCACCUGGAGCGGAUGAAGAAGAACCUGGAGCAGACGGUGAAGGACCUGCAGCACCGGCUGGAUGAGGCGGAGCAGCUGGCCCUCAAGGGGGGCAAGAAGCAGAUCCAGAAGCUGGAGGCCAGGGUACGUGAGCUUGAAGGAGAAGUUGAAAAUGAACAGAAGCGUAACGCUGAGUCUGUGAAAGGUUUACGGAAACACGAGAGAAGAGUGAAGGAACUCACCUACCAGACGGAGGAAGAUCGCAAGAAUGUUCUCAGGCUGCAAGACUUGGUAGAUAAACUGCAGGCAAAGGUGAAAUCAUACAAGAGACAAGCUGAGGAAGCCGAGGAGCAAUCCAACGCUAAUCUGGCCAAGUUCCGCAAGAUCCAGCACGAGCUGGAGGAGGCCGAGGAGCGGGCUGACAUUGCCGAGUCCCAGGUGAACAAGCUGCGGGUCAGGAGCCGGGAGGUGCACGCCAAGAUCGGCACCGAGUAA